CCCGCCCCGUCGCCCGCAGGUGGAGCGGCCGCGGGCGCCGAGUAGGUGCGUGGGGAUGAUCUCACCCGCUCGCACCGCGCCAGGAGGAGGAGGAGGAGGAGCGGGAGCGGAUCCAACUUCCGGGUAGAGGCGCCGCACGCCAGAGGCGUCUUUGCCUUGUCUUCCCCUCCCCCGGGUCCCCUCGUCGCUCCCUCCUUUUCUUUUAUUCGCGGCCCCACCCGCCAAAAUGAACAGCUCGGCCGAGGAGAAGCAGUUGCAGCUCAUCACCAGCUUGAAGGAGCAAGCAAUAGGCGAAUAUGAAGACCUCAGGGCUGAGAACCAGAAGACGAAAGAAAAGUGUGACAAAAUUAGGCAAGAACGAGAUGAAGCUAUUAAAAAGCUGGAAGAAUUUCAGAAAAUUUCUCACAUGGUUAUAGAGGAAGUGAAUUUUAUGCAGAACCAUCUUGAAAUAGAGAAGACUUGCCGAGAAAGUGCCGAAGCCUUGGCAACCAAGCUAAAUAAAGAAAAUAAAACACUGAAGCGGAUCAGCAUGUUAUACAUGGCCAAGCUAGGGCCAGAAGUAAUAACCGAGGAGCUCAAUACCGAUGAUGAAGAUCCUUCCAGUGACGCGGAGGCCGCCACGGAGACCUGCGUCUCGAUACAGUGUCAGAAGCAAAUCAAAGAACUUCGAGAUCAAAUUGUAUCUGUUCAGGAAGAAAAGAAGGUAUUAGCCAUUGAGCUGGAGAAUCUCAAAAGCAAGCUUGUAGAAGUGACGGAAGAAGUAAAUAAAGUUAAGCAAGAAAAGGCUGUUUUAAAUUCUGAAGUUCUCGAACAGAGGAAAGUCUUAGAGAAAUGCAACAGAGUGUCCAUGUUAGCCGUCGAAGAGUAUGAGGAGAUGCAGGUCAGCCUGGAGCUGGAGAAAGAUCUCCGGAAGAAAGCGGAGUCGUUUGCCCAGGAGAUGUUCAUUGAACAAAACAAGCUCAAGAGACAAAGCCACCUCCUGUUACAGAGCUCCGUUCCUGACCAGCAGCUCUUGAAAGCUUUAGAUGAAAAUGCAAAACUCACCCAGCUUCUUGAAGAAGAGAGAAUUCAGCAUCAGCAGAAGGUCAGAGAGUUAGAGGAGCGACUGGAAAGUGAGACGCUGCACAAGGAGAUCCACAGCCUCAAGCAGCAGUUGGAGCUUAUGGAAGAAGACAAGAAGGAUCUAGAACUGAAGUACCAGAGCUCUGAGGAGAAAGCCAGGAACUUGAAGCAUUCCGUGGAUGAACUCCAGAAGCGUGUGAACCAGUCUGAGAACUCGGUCCCUCCGCCCCCUCCGCCUCCACCGCCGCUGCCGCCGCCUCCUCCCAACCCCAUCAGAUCCCUCAUGUCCAUGAUCCGGAAACGAUCCCAUCCUAGUGGCAGCGGAGCCAAGAAAGAGAAGGCAACUCAGCCGGAAGCAGCCGAAGAAGUUACAGAUCUCAAGCGGCAAGCAGUUGAAGAGAUGAUGGAUAGAAUUAAAAAGGGGGUUCAUCUCAGACCUGUUAAUCAGACCACCAGACCCAAGACACAGCCGGACUCUUCAAAAGGCUCCGAAAGUGCAGUGAAUGAACUAAAAGGAAUACUGGGAGCACUUAACAAAUCUACUAGCUCGAGAAGCUUAAAAUCCCUUGAGCCUGAGAGCAGUGAAACUGAGUUAGAGAGGAUUUUGCGUCGCCGGAAAGUGACGGCAGAAGCAGAUAGCAGUAGUCCGAGCGGGAUAUUAGCCACCUCAGAGUCCAAAUCCAUGCCCGUGUUGGGUUCUGUAUCCAGUGUAUCAAAAACAGCCUUGAACAAGAAAACUCUGGAGGCAGAAUUCAACAGCCCGUCCCCCCCAACACCUGAUACAGGUGAGGGGCCCCGUAAAUUGGAAGGAUGCGCAAGUUCCAAGGUUACGCUUGAGCCUCCCAGUAGCAUUGGAUACAGGAGAAAGUACAUUGGCGGUGAAAAUGACGCUGAAGCAGUUGUAGUUUUAGAUCCCGUUUCCUCAAAUGAACCCCAUACCAAAGACCAGGUUGCUGAACAAGAGCCUACUCAAUGCAAGGAGGAUGGAGGCGAAACGAAACCAGAACACAAAGAUGGCAGCACCGAAAAACUGAGCGAGACAGACAGCUCCAGCUGCUGACGCAUCUCCCAGAAGGCUGAUGCUUCGGAGGUCAUUUUCACGAAGCACACGACUCGCUGUGGCGUGGGGCCGGGGCUGCAGGUGCCGCCGUAGUCACUGCCCUCACAUUAUGUAUUCUUUUCCAGUGUCACUUUUGUAAGUAGCAACUAUAAACAUAAGUAAGCUUAAGUGUAGCAAGACGCACAUUCUGCAUAGUUUCCUCAUUUUGUUUUGCAGUUCAUAGGGAUAAGGUUUUUCCUAGUUUAUUGUCUCCAGUAUGACUUCUUUCAGAAGAUUCUAGACUGAUCCUUUAGGACAUGUGCAUACCACUCAUGAUGUCAUGUGAUGCCCAGAUUCCAGGUGCAGGCAGGCACCUGGAGGAGCAGAGCUGCCCGGGUCCACCUGGUCAGGAAAGCUCUUGUCCCCUUGUGCAAGAGCCAGCACACCUGAGCUGUUUUCUCUAGUGGACCGAGAGAACACUCAGGAGCUGGCCUCAAACUAGCUGUGCCAUUGUCUUCAUUACACAAAUUAUUGACCAUUGGCUGAAAAAUACAAGCUACUGACCGUGCCCAAGCCUCCCAAGGACUUCAGUGGGACUGGACUGCUCUGGUGGCCUGAACCCAGGACCCAGGUCAAAGUCCAGACCUUGAAUUUCACAAUCCUAUUUUUGCAAACCCCGUGCUCAGAGUUCAUUAUGUUUUCCCAUAGACUGCUGUGGCACAAGGACCCCGUUUGACCCCAGUUCUUAAGUGCAGUGAGGGUGAAUAGGUGAGUGACAAGCACACACUUCCCUUGCUUCACUGCUGUUCAACAGCACACAGGGGGCUUGUUUUGUUUUGUUUUGUUUUGGUGGUGUUUUUCUUUUUUUGAAGAAAUUAAGUGGUAGUUAGUCUCUGAAAAAUACAAUGUCCAGGCUACUACAGUGAAUACAUAGAAAUAUAAUCAGGGAUUUUAAAAAAGAGAAACUUAUGCAGCUUUUCACAGUUGAUUGUUUCAAAAUUGAUGUUUAUUUAAAAUAAGUGGUAAUGUACUUGAAUGCACUUUUUUAUGACAAUGAUUCAGUCACGGUAAUUUUACUAUUAAAGAAAGUAAAAGGUUUAGUUUUAUUAGCAUGACUCAGCAUGUAACUGUCAGGUGUUUCUCACCUAAGGGUGAAAGGAAACGACAGUAGCAGUAGUUGCAGUGUAUUGUAUUUUUGCACGUGUGCUAAGCGUAGGCUUGAAGAGGUGGGUGGGCAAGUGGAAUGUACUUCCUGACUUUGGAGAUAAUUGUCUUUCUGUGGGUUUGUUUUGCUUGAUGAUUUCCAUGUUGUUCUGUAAUGGUUUUUGCAGUGACUUACCCGUUUAACUCAUGGGGAAUUGAAAUGUAAUGUGUUUCAACCUUGUUUUUCCCAACCGGAACAAUACUGCUGUACGGGAUACUAACUGUAGACCCGACUCACUUCAACAAGUCCUGUUAGGCUGCGCUUUCAACCCUCCUUCCCACAACU